UGUAUUAAAGUGCUCCACUUCCCCGUGCGUCACAACAAACAGAACAAGCAAUGGAUAGGUUUGGACGUUCUCAAGUGACCAGGGUCCCUGCGUACUCCAGGAGUCACCCAAUUAUUCCCCGGUUGUAUGUACCAGAAUGGAAGACAGAUAUGAAAAACAGAAAACUCAUCAUCCAGAAUGCUGAGCUUGGGGGAGUACCACACCAUGAACAUGAUGAGAAUCUGUACCUAGAGAAGAGGGAACAAAUGUCAUAUAAUGUAGAGCCUAGACACAGAAUUAAUCAAAGGUAUCAACUUCCUUCGCGAGCUCAACUAUUACGACCAGAUUUCCACCACGAGACUUCUCGAUACCAAAGUGAAUUGAUGAUGAGAAGGGAUGCCCCACCAACUAAGCUCGAUGUUGAUUACAACUGAACUUGUUGCAUUCCUCAUGACAUUUUUGAUUAAUCAGAUAAUUGGUUUUACUCCCAGACAGUAUCAGUGGGAUGCCUAAACACUCCUUUGCUUUGGAAACGAUAAAACAUUUUGAUAAUCGUUUGGAAAUUUAUCAGCAGUGGAAGCAAAGCAUUUCACUUUAACACCAGCAGAAAAACUUUACUAUGUGGCAGAGGGGAUUCUGCACAUAUAUCAAUCAAUAUUUGCUCCGUGUUUACAAGUAUUUGUUAUUGAUGCUGUUAAGUAAACAAACCAAAUGUUCAAUCAUAAAAUCAAUAAUCUGUUUGAAGAAAUAUAAUUUAUUUAAAGUUAAAGUACCAAACAUGUGAUGGAAGUGUAAUAUAUAGAUAUAAAUGUAUGUACAAUAUAUUUAUGAACAAGGCAAAUAUUUGCUGAUAAAAAUCAUCAUAUAAGGAUUCAUUUGACAGGCAAAUAUAUUUCAAUUUUAAAUCAUGGAUAUUUUACAAGCAAGGCCAUCAAGGUUUAUCCUGAACAAAUGUCACAUUAAUAAACUCUUCAUUCCAUCAUUUACUAGUUGUAUUGUACUGACUGACUUGGUAUGAUAUAUAGAAGACAAACAAACUAUAUAAAUUACACAGGCACAACAAUUACUUUUAUAAUGGUAGACAUGUUCUACUAUACAAACAGUUUCAUAAUUUGUACUUUACGCCUCAAAUGUAAAAUUAUUUCACACAAACUUCUAAAUGUAAUUUGAGAAAACAAAAUCUGAACUAUGGUAUUUUACUGGGCUAUAUAAUAAUAAAAGCUCAUGCUCCAUGAAAACAUCCACACCAAUAACUUAUAUUUAAUUUGAUCA